AUAAGGACAAUUUGGGAAAAGAAAAUUAACAGGGUGGUUAUACUCUCCCGCCAAAAGCAGUUAACUUUUUCUUCUUCGUCUUCCUCACUCACUCUCUGUAUCCGCCAUGGAUUUCUCUGUAAUCAAGAUUCUGUUCAUCUUCAGCUUUUUCGUAUACCCAGAAGCUAAAGCUCUCAUUUACCCUCAAGAUCUCAUAACCCAUGAUUCUGUUUUUGAUUUUCCGUCAUUAAACCAGUCUUUUCCGACCUCUUCCUCUCCAAUUUUUCGUCCUCCUACUGCUCCUCUUGUUCCGGCUCUAUUCAUUAUUGGUGAUUCUUCUGUUGAUUGUGGUACGAAUAACUUUCUUGGGACUUUUGCUCGUGCUGAUAGGCUUCCUUAUGGUCGUGAUUUUGAUACUCAUCAACCUACUGGUCGAUUCUGCAAUGGAAGAAUCCCAGUCGAUUAUCUAGCGGUGCGUCUUGGGUUACCAUUUGUGCCUAGCUAUCUAGGACAGGCUGGUUCUAUUAAAGAGAUGGUUCUUGGGGUUAAUUAUGCUUCUGCAGGUGCUGGCAUUAUAUUCUCAAGUGGCUCGGAAUUGGGUCAGCAUAUCUCACUUGCACAGCAAAUAGAACAAGUUACUGACACUGUUCAGCAGUUUAUAGUGAAUAUUGGUGAGGAUGCAACUACUGAUCUGAUAUCUAAUUCCUUGUUUUACAUUUCGAUUGGGAGCAAUGACUUCAUUCACUACUAUCUCCUGAAUGCCUCAAAUGUUCAAAAUGUUUACCUGCCAUGGAGUUUCAACCAGUUUCUAGCACAGACGAUUAAACAGGAGAUCAAGAACCUGUACAAUGACCAGGUGAGAAAAGUGGUUGUAAUGGGACUGGCUCCAAUAGGCUGUGCACCUUACUACUUAUGGUUGUACAGUAGCGAGAAUGGGGAGUGUGUCAAGAACAUAAACGACAUGAUUUUGGAGCCGGCGAAUAAAUCGGAUACUGUUUCAAUUUUCCGACAUGUAACCAAGUCAUACAACCAAGCUCCGAUAUCCAAUUCCGGGAAAUGCAGGGAGGAUAAUUAA